AUGCCGUCCAUUACGACGCCUCCAUGGGUAGCGCAUGCUAAUGAGAAGGGCAAACGACAAGCUAUAUAUAGCUGCCAUGUAAAUCCAGCUGGCACCAAACUUGCGACUGGAAGCAUCGAUACCAAGAUCAAGAUAUGGAAUACUGAUCCAAUAUUACAUCAAGACAAGGAAGAUGAUCCCGAAGUACCAAAGUUAUUGUCCACAUUAGGAUACCAUACUGGUCCGGUCGUUUGUGUGCGAUUCUCCAACGGUGACGGUCGAUUCUUGGCUUCAGGAUCUGACGAUCAAAAGAUUCUCAUUUGGGAACUGGACCGGUAUGUAAAUGCCCCCCAGCGAUGCAAACCUGAAGUUGAACCAUGGCUACGAAACGAAUCGCAGUCGGACUCUAGUCAAGACUCAGAUGCUUCUUUGGAAAUUUCUAGAUCACCAACUGCUAUGACUGGAUUAGCUUUCGGAUCUACUGAAGGAGAAGUCAGCGUGGAAGCUUGGCGGGUUCAUAGGAGACUCGUUGGCCAUGUUUCGGAUGUACAGGACAUGGCUUGGGCUCCUGAUAAUUCAUAUCUUGCAUCAUGUGGUUUGGACAGUACAGUUAUAAUAUGGGAUGGUCAAACCUUUGAAAAAGUCAAGAAAUUGGAUGGAUUUACAGGAUUCGUCAAAGGUGUGACAUGGGAUCCUGUGGGCAAGUAUCUGGGAACACAGUCUGAUGACAAAACCACAAGAAUAUGGAGGACAUCAGAUUGGCAGGUCGAAACUGAAAUCACAGCACCUUAUGAACAUGCUGCAUCAAAUACUCUAUUUCGUCGACUGAGUUGGUCACCAGAUGGCAGCAUGAUUGUAACAGCCAAUGGAGAAAAUUGUGCUGUCUCUGUAGCUCCGGUUAUUACUCGAGAUGGUUGGAAGGCAGAUAUUAAUCUGGUCGGACAUCACCUUCCCGUUGAAGUUGCUGCAUUUAACCCAGUCCUCUUCCAAGUAUCAAGUAACGCCAGUGAUCCAAACAGUCCAAAAGUUGCAUCUGGAGUAUGUGCUGUAGGAGGACAAGAUACAAAUAUUUCCGUUUGGUGGACUGCUCGUCCUAGAUCUGCAGUAGCAACGUGUGAAGCUGCUACACAAGCCAUUGUUGAUCUGUCAUGGUCACUUGACGGAUUCACAUUGUAUGCUUGCUCCAUGGAUGGAACAGUCACCGUUUUGGCAUUUGCUGAAGAUGAACUUGGUACACCGGUACCUCAAGUAGAGAUUGACAGUGCACUCACAAGAUACGGAUACAAUCGAAAAAAGACAACCAUAGUCGAAUCAGCACGUCAAUUGGAGCUAGAGCAAGAAAAUGCUAUUGCCGACAAGGAGCAAUCAUCUGAAAGAUUAAGCAAGUUGAUGAAUGCUGCACCGUCAUCAGCUGGUGCAUCUCCAGCAAAAGAAGGAGCAGCAGCUUCAUCAUCUUCGGUGCCUGCACCAAUGCUGAAAUCGCCUUCAUUUGUCUUUCCUCGCAUGCUGACUCCUGCUGAAAAGGAAUUGAGUGCUGCUCAGACUAAGCAACAGCAGCAUGUCACUGUUAUUGCUGGUAAAAAGAGGGUACAGCCAGUUUUUCUGGGAAGUGCUCGAAAUGCAGACGAUGAUGUUGAUAUGACACCAGCCACUGCAGCACCUGAGAAUCGAUCAGCAGCUGCUUCACCAACGCGCACAGACGCCAUGAUAACGAUUAUUUCUGAUGGUGGUAUACCUGUUGCUGGUAGCAAGAAGAGAAGUUCAGGAGCAGAAGAUAGUGCAGCCAAGAAAGUUGCCAAAGAACACGUACAGUAUGUAUUACCUUCGGUCAUGGAUGCUACAAAUGUCCCUAUUCUCGGAAUACCAGCUCCAAAAGAACGUAUUUUAGCCAAGAUUGGUGAACCAUCUCGGAAUGAUGGAGAUGAUGUUUGUGUAUUGGAGAGUGUGAAUGAUAUUCGUGCAGGAUCAAGUAAAGUCACUUGCUCACGAGGUGAAGUAUCUUUAUGGCAAGACACUCUUUCAUCGGUUGUUACCAUGUUGGGAGGUAGUGAGAAGUUCUUUGCGGCGUCUUGUGCUGAUGGAUCGUUAUAUAUUUAUACUCAUGCUGGUCGAAGAUGGCUUCCUUGUAUAUCUUUAGAAGGUCCUGCUGUAUUCAUGGAUUUCUGUGGACCUUACCUGAUGUGUUUGACUUCGGCAGCUAAUGUACAUGUUUGGAAUAUCCCAGACCAGCAAUCUAUAUUAUCACGAGAAAGUGUUGCUCAACUUUUACGAACAUCCAAGCCAACCGCUACAUCAUCAACAGCAACAGCUUCAACAGCACCAAACCUAACCACAUCAACAAACACAGCAACAUUUGCGAGUGUCGUGAGUGCAACGAUACAACCAUCAGGAAUACCAACCAUCACAACCUCAGAUUCGAAUUCGUAUGCCUAUAAUCUUGGUAUGAAGGUGUGGCAAAAGAUGGGUAGAGCACAAGAUGGUAAUGUGCAAGGAGUAGCAGGAAUAUUGGCUCGACUAGCAGAGAUUCGUAAAGAAGGCGCCAGUGUCCGUGCUGCAAGACAACGAGUGUCUGCUGUGUCUCACCUUGAGGAUAUGGUUGCAUCUGCAUUAGCACUGCAGUCAGCCAAAGAAUACAAGCAUUGGUUACAUCAAUAUGUACGUAAGCUGGGAGAUGAAGGUGCCACUGCUAAAGUUGGUGAAUUGUGUGAUGAUUUGAUUGGACCACCGGAAGUUCUUGCUCUUCCUGGUCAGAGAGCAUCUACUUGGGAGCCCAUGAUACUGGGAAUGUCAAAGCGUGACUUGUUGCGUGAAUUGUUACCUACUCUCGUUACCAAGAUCAAGAUAUGGAAUAACAGAUGCAAUGCUACAUCAGACAAGGAAGAGGAUCCCGAUGUAUCAAAAAUGAUUAUCGACUUUAAUAGGACUGGUCGUUUGUAUCCUUAG